GGUAGACAACGGCUUCGCUCUCGGGCUCCAGCGUAGUCGCCGUCGGCACACAGCAAACGAACGUACGGAACACAAGCGCGUCUCGUCCUCGCGUGCGCAACGCGCUUUCGCCCCGGAAAAAGUUUUCCCAAGCGGAUUAUCCUCGUCUCCCCCAAAAAAAAGUGCCAAAAAAGUGUGUGAAGUGAACAAUUUGAGUGUUGCAAAGGAAUACUAUUAAUAAUCGAAGGGUUUUUGUUUAAAAAUUUCACUAAAGUGGAGAAAAGUGCUUUCUCUCCCUGAUGAGAAACGCCGUGUGGUCAGUGCGCGACGGCGCGGAAUAACAUAUCAAAUCUUCGGACGGCGUGUGCGGUGUGCGAUCUAAGGAUUCUAGGAUGAUGUUGGGUGAUGCUGGAAGCGGCACCACUCGCCCCUGACCUACUGGAUGAAACCUAAUGUGUGGAAGAAGAUUUCAUCAGUUAUUAUAAUUCUAAUAAUGAUGGUUCGAAACGUCCAUACCAACUCUGGAACCUGCAAAAUAGCCAUAUCCGACUGGUCUAUUCAGCUGAGAAACAAACCGAACUUCCUUGCCGUAAAUAGCAGGAAUCAUAAGCCCGACUACAAUGGAACAAUAAAGUACCCGUUAUGCAUUCUUCAUCCCAAGGAUAUAACGGGUUACUACAUAUUCGACGUAGAUCAGGAAUAUUUUAUAUGCAUAGGGAAACCCAAAAAGUUUCAAAAUAGAUCAUUUGGAGAAGCAAUUUCUAGGAGGAAUCCUAUGCCGAAUUGUCUGUUAGAGGAAACAGUCCUCAACGGCUAUUCGUUUUUUCACGGAGCUAACAACCUGCAACUGCACGUGACCAGAAGGAACAUCGUCAACACAAACGAAGUGAUGGUGCUGCUCAAAGUACCACUUCCAGCAGAUAGGAAAAAUUCGUGCAGUGAGGGUCUGGAGAAGUACUGCCAAAAGCUCCACACGGGGAAGGUACGAAACCGAAAACGACACCGGAAAUUCAUCAACAUGUUCUGCGAGCCCAGCUGCUGGGCAUAGGGGUGGAUGCGAACCCAUCACCCAUUGAGUUAUCAGUAUUUGUGCGACGACGAGUGCGAGAUGCGAACGUUUCUAAUGCAACCAAAUUCGAGCCGAGCGGAGGCGGCGCAGUGUGGCCUGCUAAAUCAUAAUUCUAACCCCUAUGGGGCGGCAGGUCUUCCAGCGCGCUUCGACCAGCGCACGGACGGCCGAAAUACGUAUUUGUAUGACCGAAAGCAGUGCAUGAAUUUACACAUUGAAUACAAUUAUCACAUUUUGUAUAUUAUAUUACUUUAUUAUUUAUUCUUUUUUAUAAAAUAACGUUGCAAGCGACAAAAAAACACACACCACGAUUGAUGAUGAACAACCUCAACACGGAAAUUUAUUUAUGCAACACCCACCUAGACCCGCGAACACCCAGUAUACAUUUAAGUAUCAUUUUUGUACAUAUAUUAUAAAUAUAAAUAUAGAAACUUAUUCGAAGUAAGUUCGGAGUGCGAGCGAUGCAGAAAGAACACAAAGUAAACACUUGAUUGUCAUUACGCUAAUCUCAUAUAAAUUAUUUGUUAACUAGUGCGCAUGCGCGCACGAGCGCGCCGAGCUGUUUGUAUAGCAAGACGUAAUUCGACCGAUGCAAAACUAAUAUUAUUAUGUAUUAUGUAAGAUCUGUGCCAUUUGUAAACAUUCCAAAAUACGAAAUAUCCAUAAAAAGAAUUUAAAAAACGAAAGCAAUGAAAAAACAUAAAAAUCAACGAAAAA